UAUGAACUCAUUAUCCAUAAAAAACAAGUUCACAUUAUUUCUAUUUAGUUUCGUAUUGUGUCAUUCUAUAUCUUGUAAAUGAAAAUGCUGUCUUGCUUUUUCCUUUUCGUCCACAGACACACGACGCCGUCUGGCAAUAAUUGGGAGAAAGGCAGUAAACGAAUGCAAGGAACGGAAACGUUUUAAAAACGCUUAAAACUUUUAUAUUAUGGACAAACAGGAGCCUCUUAAUGAAUACAAGGAUAAGAACUUACCUACUGAUUCAUCAAAAAUGAUCAUUGUUGAAAAAAAUGACACAGAGAAUGGCACGGAGAAACACAAACCUUCUGGCCUUAAACCGCUCCAGGGAACAAUCAAAAUAGCUGGUCAGAUUGUGGAACUGGCAGCUCAGCCUGACAAACAAGUCCUUCAUGAAGUGUCAUUACCGGCUGAUUAUGAUUACAAACCUAUAGAAGAACACGUAGGAUCGACCUCCCCAGCAAGAUCCUAUGAAUUUUCCUUGGAUCCAUUUCAAGCAGCUUCGAUUGCUUGUGUUGAACGGAAAGAAAGCAUUAUUGUUAGUGCUCAUACUUCUGCAGGAAAAACCGUCGUAGCGGAAUAUGCGAUUGCACAAGCUUUAAAAAACGGUGAGCGUGUUGUAUACACGAGUCCAAUUAAGUCACUCAGUAACCAAAAAUAUCGUGAAUUUCUUGCUGAGUUCGGCGAUGUAGGUCUUAUGACGGGCGAUGUUACCUUGAAUCCAAAUGCAGGCUGUCUGGUCAUGACAACGGAAAUCUUGCGCUCCAUGCUGUAUAAGAGCUCUGAGCUUACACGUGAAGUUUCAUGGGUUAUUUUUGAUGAAGUUCAUUACAUGCGCGACAAAGAUCGGGGGGUUGUGUGGGAAGAAACAAUUAUCUUACUCCCGGAUGCCGUUCGUUAUAUCUUUUUGUCUGCUACCCUACCUAACGCCAAGGAAUUUGCCGAUUGGAUAUGUAAAAUUCAUAAUCAGCCUUGUCAUGUUGUCUAUACUAGUUACCGACCAACACCAUUACAGCAUUUCUUAUUUCCUAGGGGCGCUAAUGGAAUUUACAUGAUUGUUGAUGAGCAUGGUAAACUUAUGGAAGGCAACUUUCAAAAGGCAAUGUCAAUUUUGAAUGAACAGGAUGAAACUUCGUCAAGAAAGAAACAGAAACAAAAUAAAUCUGUGCCUGAACUCUUUCGUUUAGUAAAAAUGAUUACAGCUAAUGACUACGAUCCACUAAUAAUCUUCUGCUUCAGCAAAAAAGAAUGUGAAGCUGGUGCAGUAAGUAUUAGUAGCCUGGAAGUCAUAGAUGACAAAAAGAAGGAAUUGGUGGACCAAGUUUUCAAUUCCGCAAUGAACCAGCUUUCCGAAACUGAUCGAUGCAUUCCUCAAAUAACGAAUAUGUUGCCGUUACUACGUCGUGGCAUUGGAAUUCAUCACUCUGGUAUGUUGCCCAUACUGAGAGAGGUAGUGGAAAUUCUAUUCCAAGAAGGCCUUAUCACAAUACUGUUUGCAACAGAAACUUUCUCAAUUGGACUGAAUAUGCCAGCAAGAACAGUACUAUUUACUGAAAUGCAAAAAUUCUCUGGAGAAUCAUUCCGCUGGAUUAAUUCUAGUGAAUACACUCAGAUGAGUGGAAGGGCUGGAAGAAGAGGACUCGAUGAACGUGGGCUGUCUAUUGUUAUGGCGAACAAAAAUUUUGAUUUGGCUACCGCAAAAGCGAUCUUUACUGGUCCUCCUGCAGCUUUAAAUUCAGCAUUUCGCAUCAGUUAUAAUAUGAUACUGAACCUCCUUCGUAUUGAAGGGAUAACCCCGGAUUAUAUCUUGAAACACAGUUUUUAUCAGCACCAGAACGAGGCCAAGUUACCCGAGCUAAACAACGAAUGCUCACGGAUGAAGUUGGACAUGGAAUCCAUAGUCAUUCCUCAUGAACAAGAUGUUCAAGAGUUUUAUGAUCUUAAGCUGCAAUUAAAAACUUAUGAGGAUAGCAUAAGAAAAAUCAUGGCCCAUCCGGAAUUCUGUCUUCCUUUUCUGCAACCUGGUCGGCUCAUUCAAGUGCGUUUAAAGGAUCAGGUGUUUCCCUGGGGUAUACUAGUGAAUUUUCAUAAGGCAGAGAAUGCUAGUCUUCACUUGCAGAUAAGAAAAUCGAACCCUUCUGAUUUUUAUGUUCUUGACGUUUUGUUACCUGUUGACAAAAAUACCUUCAAAACUAACAAAAUUGCUUCUUCAUUGAUGCCUGGUCUUCCAGAAAAUGCAACCUAUGAGGUGGUUGCUGUGUCCUUAUCCUCAAUGCACUCAAUUUCUUCAUUAAGGGUAUCCCUACCAUCGAGCUUAAUUACCCCAGAGCAGAAAAAAACUACAUACCACAUUGUGCAAGAGAUAAGUAAACGGUUCCCCGAUGGAGUACCCUGUCUUGAUCCAAUCGAGCAUAUGCGAAUUGACAGCGACUCUUUGCGAUCCGUCAUUCACAAAAUUCAGAUCCUUGAACCAAAGGUCCUAAACAGUCCGUAUUACACGGACGAAGAGUUUCAAGAACACUAUGAUGAGUACUGUCGAAAACUUCAACUCAGAGAUCAGUGGAAGGCAUUAAAGGCAACCAUCAGUAAAACGGAAUCAGUGAUUACACUUUCUGAACUCAAGUCGCGCCGACGUGUUCUCAGGCGCCUUGGAUACAUCAAUGAGGAUGGGGUCAUUGACAUUAAGGGACGUGUUGCCUGUGAAAUUAGCACAGGCGAUGAGCUUGUUCUUACAGAGAUGAUCUUUAGUGGGCUAUUAAACCAGCUGCCCAUUGAUCAAUUUGCAGCGCUGUUGAGCUGUUUGGUAUUCCAAGAAAGUUCAAGUACUUCUGCAACGAAUGUGGACUCUAGGCUCUCAAAGCCCUAUCAAGAACUUUUAAAACUGGCAGAAUGGAUUGCAACUGUCUCGAGGGAAAGUAAACUGGAAAUUACUGAGGAAGAAUAUGUUUCUCAUUUCAAACCAGACUUAAUGAGUGCUGUUAUUGAAUGGAUGAACGGUGCUUCAUUUACUGAAAUUUGCGGUAUGGUUCACAUAUACGAAGGCUCUAUUGUUCGUUCUUUCAGACGCUUAGAAGAGCUGCUUCGUCAACUACAAAGUGCAGCUCAAGUUUUAGGAAACAGUGAACUUGCAAGUCUGUCCGAACGUGCUGCUGAUACCAUGCGACGUGAUGUUAUUUUCAGCGCAUCAUUGUAUUUGUAAUAAUAACCCGUUUACAGUUUUAAUACCAAAAAACCAUUGCACCACUGUCCCACCCGAUCGAGUUAAUUACAAUUCCUAUUGUGAUUGCAAACGAAAAAAAGUUUUAUUACUAGUUCCCUUUUUUAAAGAUACCCACAUUAACAGAAUUAAGUUCACAAAACCAACUCGCAGUAAGCAUUGACCAAUUCUGUUUACCCUAGCUUUAGACCUGUUUAGCCAGGGUAACAAUUCCAUGGUAAAACCCAGUACCAUCUAAAUUGAAAUGAUAAACCGACCGAUUAACCAUAAUGCAACACCAAACCAUAAAAAAGGACUUCAAAAGUGAGUGAGAAGUCAUAAGUUUUCAUAACAACAAUCCCAGAAUCGCGUAUCACUGCGCAGCAGAAUACUAAAGGAAGAACGACUGCUUGCAAAGCUGUUGCUCCAUAAGCAAUCACGAAGACACAUCAGAGCAUAUACUGCUUACAAAAGACGGCCAUUAGCAGAUAGUUCCGCAACAGAUGCGCGUUUCUGUGAAGGGAACACAGAAGGGGAUACUUGAAAAGCAGGCUCCUCUUUCAGAGAGAUGCCAGCCAAGUGUUUAGACAAACCGCCCAU